CCACCCAUUCACCCCCGCUACUUCUCUCCUGCCCACCGAGUAUCACCAGCUUCUUCACCCCCGUCGUACUUACUCUCAUUCAACACCAUGGCGGACGACGCGCAGCAUGAGCACACCUUCGAGAGCGCCGAUGCCGGUGCCUCCCUUACCUUCCCCAUGCAGUGCUCUGCUCUGAGGAAGAACGGUUUCGUCGUCAUCAAGAACCGUCCCUGCAAGAUUGUCGAGAUGACCACCUCCAAGACCGGAAAGCACGGUCACGCAAAGGUCCAUUUGGUUGCCAUCGACAUCUUCACUGCCACCAAGCGUGAAGAACUCUGCCCCUCCACCCACAACAUGAACGUCCCCAAUGUCCGCCGCCAGGAGUACCAGCUCCUCGACGUCACUGACGACGGUUUCCUCUCCCUCAUGUCCGACGACGGCUCCACCAAGGACGAUGUCAAGGUCCCCGAGGGCGAAGUUGGCACCAAGAUCCAAAAGAUGUUCACCGAGGAGGGCAAGGACAUUAACGUCAUUGUUCUCACUGCCAUGGGCGAGGAGGCUGCCAUCGACGCCAAGGAGGCUCCCAAGGUCUAGAUUCGCUUCGUUGGAGACGCAGGUUGUCAGCGGGAAUCGCGGAGUUGGGUCGAACUCCGGUCAAAAGUUUGGCUGAGCAAGUUCGGCUUCUUUCGCAUGCGACACGGGACGGCUACUUUUCGGUAACACGAGCACCUCCAUGCGCUCCACCUGCCUUGAUAGCGACCAAUGCAAGUGGGUUCUUCGGAUCAAUUGGGUUUUUGCAUUGCCAUCUACGGGAAACGUUUUACGAUAUGAGUACUUUCCUAGAUAUAUCCCUACGGCAAUGAACAAA